CAACUCCACCCUUCUCUCGCGCGCUUUUCGAACGCGCGCGGCGUGAGCGCGUUAACACACGCGCGCGCUUCUCCGGCUCUCCUAGCGACCGCUAUAAAGAAGCAACUUUACGCCGCGCCGCCACAGUCUCGCGAUCGUCGCCGCGUCGCGCGCAGAACGGGAUUCUCUCGUUAUUCAGGAGCACGCACCACGCACGCUGCACGGCCAAUCGCGACGUAACAACAACAACAACAAUAACAACAACAGCACUAAGAGCCGAGAGACCCAUCGUAGUCGGUCCAUCGAUCGAUCGACGUGGCGGUAUCGUCCUGGCGAAUCUCCCAGCGCCUGGGAAUUUCGUUCUCUCUCUCUUUCUCUCUCGUGCGCGGAUGACGGGAGGCUUUUCCGUUCGAGCGUAGCCGAAACGGAGGAGAGGAAGACUCGCUGUACCGGCGGCGGCGGCGGCGGCGACGGCGACGGCGACGGCGGCGGCGGAUCGUCGUCGUAAUCGAGUGGACAAACCGACGAGCCGACGAACAAUAGGGACCUGGGCCGCCGGCCGCUUCCGAUGGGGUCGUAGCCACCGUUCAGCGUGUUCGCGCGUAUUCGUAUUACCGCAUAUCGCGAUGAUAGGCUAGCCGCGGCAGGAAGAGAUCGCCGUUAGGGGGAGAUCGCCAUAGCUAAUCGUACCACCCAAGGUGGCACAGAUUGAGAGCCCCAUCAGCACACAUCCUCUCCUGGCUAACGAGAUAUAGCCCAGCGUGUGUUGGUCCGUCCAGUUGGUGCGCGCCGUCGACGACGUCGUGCGUCAGCUUCCGAUUGGCCGUGCCGAUACGAAUCCAGCACAAUUACGGAGGAUUCUAUAAAUUUGUCAAUCAGGAAGGAAGAAAAGAGGAAGAGAGAGAUAGAGAGAGAGAGAGAGAAAGAAAGAAGAGAUCGCUAUUGGAGCAUCUAAUCCUUCAUCCCCAUCGUCCUCGACCUCUUUUUCCCUUUGCAUCCUCCUCCGUCGCGCCUCAUCCCUCUCGGCUUAAAUCGCGCGGCUUAAAUCGAGCGAGCGUUACCAUCUCGACGCGCCGGUUUUGCUCACAAAGAAACGGCGAGAGAAGGCUGGAAAGAGGGAGAGAGAGAGAAAGAGAGAGAGGCAGGCAAAUUCGCUCUUAGUGCCCCUCGACGGUCCAGCUCUUCAGCGGCGAUUCUCUUCCCCAUCGCGACGCUCGACCCGCUUCCGGUUAGGAACUGGAAGUGAACGCUCUAUGUAAACCGACUGCUGAGCGCGGUUGUCAUUGGAAGAUUGGAACCCUCAGGAACCCGCAGGAAGCGCAUCAUGGAAGUGGCGAGUGAACUGUCGCCGCUGUCGGGGGCGGAGAAUCAGGGCAAGAUCGUGGAGAGGAGCUCGUAUUACCCCCAAGAACCCAGCAAGAGGCCGCAGACCGCCGGGCAGAAGAUGCGAUCGUGUCUGAAACAUAAUGCGCUGACUCUCCUGACAGUCGGCGGUGUUGUCGGUGGUGUGGUGCUCGGCAUAAUUUUGCGAAACUCGCGUGAGAAAUGGACGCCCCGCGAGAUCAUGUACAUCGGCUACUUCGGCGAUCUGUUCCUGCGGAUGCUCAAGAGCUUGAUCCUGCCGUUGAUCGUCUCGAGUCUGGUGUCGGCCAUCGGCUCGCUCGAUCUGUCGCUCAGCGGCAAGAUCGGCGUUCGUGCGAUCGGCUACUACAUGAUCACGACCAUCCUUGCGGUCAUCUUAGGUAUAAUUCUGGUCAGCUCGAUCCGACCUGGCGAGGGUCGCUCCGCCGCGCAGAGCACAAGGGCGUCGCAAAACGUUUCUACCGCUGACACGUUGAUGGACCUAGUCAGAAAUAUGUUUCCGCCGAAUCUCGUGGAGGCCUGUAUCUUUCAACAUCGAACCGAAAUGAAGAGACCUAAAGACAAUCCCAACGCUCCCUUCGAUGAAUGGAAGCCGGAGGAAGUGUUGUCGCAGGGCUCCAACAUCCUCGGACUCGUCGUGUUCGCGACAGUGAUGGGCAUCACUCUCGGCAAGAUGGGAUCGCAGACGAAGCCGCUGUUGAAUUUCUUCGAGGCGCUAUCCGGUGCUAUGAUGGUCAUAACAAAAUGGGUCAUAUGGUUGUCGCCGCUCGGCGUGCUCUCCCUGGUUGCUGCAAAGAUCACGGAAAUUGAAUCGCUCGAUCGUAUAGUCAGCCAGCUCGGGAUGUACUUCCUGACCGUGCUGAUCGCCCUGCUCAUACACGGCUUGCUGAUACUACCCGGAAUAUACUUCCUCUUCACGAAGAAGAAUCCGUAUUCCUACAUAUCGAACAUGGCGGAGGCAUUGGUCACCGCCUUCGGUACGUCCUCGAGUUCAGCGACGCUGCCGCUCGCCAUCGACUGUCUCGAAUCGAAAAACGGCAUCGAUCCACACAUCACCAGAUUCGUCAUGCCAAUAGGCGCUACCGUAAAUAUGGACGGUACCGCCCUGUACGAAGCUGUAGCUGCCAUUUUUAUUGCGCAAGUGCGCAACAUCUCUGUUACCUUUGGACAGCUGAUAGCGAUAAGUAUCACGGCAACUGCUGCCAGUAUCGGCGCGGCUGGAAUUCCGCAGGCCGGCCUAGUGACUAUGGUGAUGGUAUUGGAUACGGUGCGACUUCCGGCUAAUGAUGUCUACUUGAUCCUCGCGGUCGACUGGUUGCUGGAUCGAUGUAGAACGACCGUGAAUGUCAUCGGUGACUCGCUUGGGGCGGGAAUCGUUCAACAUCUCAGCAGGAACGAACUCACGUCGUUGUCGCAUAACACGCAGCAAGCGCAAAACGGCGCCGAUUGCCAUGCGACCACGUCGAUAUGAGCUGAUGUGUUCGUUAAUCAUUAAAACCGCGUCUUCUCGAUUGACGAUUAUGAAACCGCGCUUCGCGAUCGAGGGAUCAUGGCAUGGCAAACAUAUCGGCACACGCUUAUCGCGCGGCUUAUCGUUAGAAUGUUGCCAUAACUUCUUGAACUUGCCCGAGAGAGCCCGAGAGAAUUUAAGAAAUAUAUAUACGAGAAAAUAAAAUUAAAGAUUAGGAUUAAGGGAAUAUGAAUAAAUUUUAUGGACGGCAACAUGAUAUUACUUCCCAGACAACACAUAACAUUCAAUGGACAUCCAAUUUUUGUUUUUAUUUUGUUCAAAUGUGCAUGAAUGUAAUACAAAUGAUUUAAGAGCAUACAUUAUUGGACGGUCAAAAUAUCUUUAUAUUUGGACAUUUUAAAGAUGCUCAUUUUACUUACGUUUGAAAAAAAAUUCUUGCGUUCACGAACUUGAGCUGUAUCCACCUCUCCGUUGCCUCGAUAGAACGAGAUAAAGAGUAAACAAAAAGGAUAGAUUCUUAAUUUUGAAUAAUAUAAAAAUUUUGUUAAAAUUAUCUGACAAUUUUAAAAUAGAAUUUCUAAUUUUUAUUGCACAUUUUUGUGGUGGACGUUGAAACAAUGAUAACAUGAGUUUUUCAAUUGUUUAUUUUAUUAACAUACUCAUUUAACAAUGAGAAAUUGAAAAUAUGUAUUGUAUAUUUAAGAACUAAACAGACUAAAAUUGGAUCUAUUUCGAUAAUUAAAAAAAAUUUUUUUUAUUAUUGAAAUAGGUCCAAUUUUGAUCCAUUUAGUACUUAAAAGUUUUACAGAUGUCCAGAAAAGUAAUACGGAAUGUUUUUAAAAUGUUCUAAAGAUGUUUUAAGAUCUGAUGUUUCAAAUACGUAUGGAACGUCCACUACGUAUAUUUUUAAUACGUUUUUUAAACGCUUGUGUGCUGUUUGGGUGGUUGCAGUGUGUUAUAUCUGAGAUUUCUAAUUUUUUUUAUAAGUUAUAAAAUUUCGAGAAAUAUAUAUAUAUAUAUAUACAGCGCCGUUGACGGAUAUUUACAUUUGCAACAUAGCAACGGUCGCCAAUCACGAGAUGCGAUUCUGACAAAGUGUUCUUGCGUACUCAAUAAGUGUUCCGUUUUUAUCUUAGUCAAAUAAUUGGUUUAGUUAUCAACUACCUUAUACGCCAGACUACGAACGAAGGGAGCAAUCAAUAUUGUAUCAUCGUAUCGUAUAAUAUGUCAUAUCUGCGAUAAACGCACGCGGAAUGCACCAAUACUCUCUGUUCAAUUAUUCGUAUGCAGGUGUAUUAUAAAAAGAAAAGAAACAGAUUACUUUGGCGAAUCCUUAAAUUGACAUUCAUUCCGCGAUGCAAAAUACAAAUAUAUGUAACAGUAGGGCAGUUAAAUAUCAUGAGUUAUCGACGCGCAGUUCGCGGUGCGAGCGACGAGCGUUCUUCAGAUGAUUUUUUUUGAAUAUAAGAUAUGCUUGAAACUAAAUACUUCUUAACUUUAGUAAUCGUAGGGGCCCCACUAAGCAAACUUGCUUGUAAAAUGUAUAAGUAUAGAGUAUACAUAUAUAAAUAUAUUUGUCUUCCAUUUUUGUGUUUGCCGAAUAUUACGCUUACAUACUGUAACGUGUAUAGUGUAGCAUCGCGUUCGAGCCGCAUAAUUCGCAGUCCGGUUUUUCUCUUCGCGAGUUAUCUACGUUUCUUCAGAAAAUUGCAUUUAAGAUUGCGAAACUCGUAAAAGAUUUGUGAAAAACGAAACGUAUUCGGCGAUCUGGAAAAUCGACUUUAUUGUUAUCUGACACGACAAAGAGUCUCAAAGAGUUUAUUAUUUUUUUAUAUAUUCUAUGACAAUAGAAGAGCUAAAUUUACAUGUGUAAUUUAGCUCGCGCAUAUUAUUCCGUGGCGGUACAUAUUAGAAAAUAUCGUCGCGCAGUUGGUGCCAUAGGUUAUUAUCAUUGUAUUUCGAGAAUAACUUUUACAUCUACUCGAAACUCAGUGAAUAAAAGCAGACUUAAUAAGUUCGAUGUCAUUAACAACAAUUAACUGUGAGACUUAACCCUUAAGUAUGAAGCAACGUUGAUCAUCUUACAUCUUACAUUGACUUCCCGAUUGAGAAAACGGAUAUGCAAGUUCCAUGUUUUAUUUUACUGCAUUUUUUACAUGUUUCCUCACGCGAUAGAAAAAAAAUUCGAUAAAUCGUAAUAGUGUGUAAAGUUUGUGUAAUGUUUCGCCAUUGAGCAUAUUAAAUGAUGUAAAGAAAAAUCCGUACUUAAGGGUUGAAACGCCUUUUCUUUUUUUUUUACAAUCUCUUGUUUUUUCAGCACAACAAAAAUGACCAUUGCUAAAUCAUUAUGUCUUCGCGUGACAUGUAAAAGAAUUAUGUGGAAAGAAAAUAACAAAAUGAUUAAUAAACAA